CCGGGCUCAAACAUGGCUGCGCUGGAAGCCCCGUUCCUCUGGGCGCCUAAAGCAGGAGGUGCUCCACGAAUGAGGCCAUUGGGAAAGUGUUGUGCUUAAUUCAUCUCUUCUGAGAAAAAAUGAAUCAUCCAUUUGGGAAGGAAGAAAUUGCUUCCCAACAGCAGCUAUUUGAAUUUUUCUGUGAGUGCCUACGGAGAGGAGACUGGGACCUGGCACAGGCUUGUGUACCACAGCUCCAGGAGGCACACGGCAAUAUCCCGAAGAAGGUGGAAGACCUACUUCAGGCUCUGGUGGUGUGUCCAAAUGAGCUGAGAUGUGGACAAGACUUUAACCCACAAAGACUAGGUUGGGUCUGGCUUCUUGUACUGGAAAAAUGGUUGGCUCGAGAAAAGAAAUUACUGCCAGCUAUUUUCCGGAAAAAGCUCGAGUUUCUCUUGUUGUCAGAAGACCUUCCUGGGGACAUUCCAGAGGACAUCCUCAAGGAGCUCUAUGAGGCCCUCACGCAAGCCGCAGCCGACCCUGUGUUUGAUGGCGACUCCAGUCGCACCCCUGAGCUCAGCUCGCAAGCGGUCUCUGUGCUCUGGGAUCUCCUGGGGCAGGCCCCCCGGCCCGCACAGGCCCUGCUGGAGCUCCUCCUUGGAGAAGACGAAGGCGCUGGUCUCUGCGGCUCUCUGCAGAAGGCACUGGUGGGCCGGAUUCUCGGGGCACUGCGGGCUUUGCAGGAGUCUGCCGCCACACCCCCCCAUACUGUAGAUGCCAUCUACGGAGCCCUGCGGACUUUGCGGUGCCCUGCGGAUCCACAGGGGCCUGAGCUCCGUGUCCUGUGUGAGGAGCUCGUGGCAGCCUGCAGGACAGAAGGGUCACCCCUGCGGGAGGAGCAGCUGCUGGGCUGCCUGCUGCACCGGGCUGGCCUAGGGCUAGUUUCCCUGUACGGCCACACCUUUGCCGAGAAGGACACAGAAAAGCCCCCAAAGGCCACCCCGUCAGGAAAAGUCUCACCAGAUCACCUCGAUCCCGAGCGGACAGUUCUAGCCCUAUUCUCCAAUCCUGACCCAGCCCAGGCUUGGAAAUCCGCCUAUUUCUAUUGCCUGGCCAACAACAAGCACUUCUUGGAGCAGAUCCUGGUGACAGCACUCACGCUGUUGAAAGAGGAAGACUUCCCGAGUCUCGGCCACCUGCUCGAUAGAGAGUUCAAGCCUCUCAGCCGACUACUUGUCCUCCUGGGCUGGACACACUGCCAGAGCCUAGAUUCAGCCAAGAGGCUGCUCCACACAGUUCACACUUCCCAGGACCGAGGCUGUGAUAAACUCCUUGGGGAUGCCUGUGAGGGGUUGUGGGCUCACCUGGAGGUCUUGGAGUGGUGUGUGCAGCAGAGCAGCAAUCCCAUACCAAAGAGAGAUCUCUUGUGUCAUUUACAUGGUGGAGACAACCACUCCGUGCUCUACUCUCUCCAUCAUCUUACCAACCUUCCAGCACUCAGGGAGGAAGAUGUCCUCAAGCUCUUACAGAAGGUGCCAGCCCAAGAAGAACAUGAUGCAGUCGACACCCUGGUCCCUGAGCACCUGAGCCAGAAUCAAAACCUGACCCUCUACCAGAGCUUCUGUGCCAUGAAGUACGCCAUCUAUGCCCUCUGUGUCAACUCACACCAGUACUCCCAGUGCCAGGAAUGCAAAGACAGCCCCACUGAGGACCAGAAUUUAACGAUGGAGCCAGCAGAUGACACUCUUUCCCUCCCAGGUGCUUCGGAUCUCUUCUCGACAUACCUGGCCAGGUGUCAACAGUACCUAUGCAAGGUUCCCGACUCUCUGCGCCUGGAACUUCUAGAAAACAUCUUCUCCUUGCUCCUGAUCACAUCUGCCGAUCUUCACCCGGAGCCUCCCGUGCCCGAAGACUAUGCAGAGGAUGAUGACGUGGAGGGGAAGGUCCCCAGCGGCUGGAGGUCCCCAGCAGAGAGCCCUCAGCACACGGCACAGCCCGAGAGGAAGUCAGAACGGGCAGCCCCGGGCAUUUCCAGGAGCCUUGCUUACCCCGUUCCAGGCUGUGCGGAAGCAGAACCAAAAGACCCGCGGCCUCGCGGGGACAGUUUUUUGGACCUCAAGCACUUGACUCGCGGCAUCACUGGGUUCCUGGCCAAUGAACGAGCACUAGGAGCUUUCCUUGGGCUUCUCCAGGAGCAGCUGGAUACACUCAGUGGCUGUGUCCCCACGGAGAAGCUGGAGCUGCCAGGAGGCCCGAGCUCCUCAGGAAGCAGAGCCGGACUGCAGAGCCGCCUGCACCGCUUCUCCAAGAUUCUCUCAGAGGCCCAGUGGAGGUACAAGGUGGUGACGAGCAACCAGAGAUCAGAGGAGCAGCCUUCUCGAAGACACCGGCCCAUUAUUCCACAGCACCCGGGUCUUCGUCGUGGGCGUCGGUCGAGAAAGAGCCGUGCAGAAGGCCGCGACAGAGGUUCGAACCCAUCCUUGGAAAGCACAAGUAGUGAGCUGAGCACAAGUACUUCAGAGGGAAGUCUGAGCGCUACAUCUGGGAGGAAUGAGCCGGCCGGCCGCCUGCAACCCCAGAGUUCCCUCCUGCCCAUGAUGUUCUCCCCACCUGAGUCUCUGCUGGCAUCCUGCAUCCUCCGGGGGAACUUUGCAGAAGCCCAUCAGGUGGUUUUCAUGUUCGACCUCCAGUCUUCGCCCAGCUCUGGGGAGCUGAUGUUCAUGGAGCGCUACCAGGAGGUGAUCCAAGAGCUGGCCCACGUCGAGCACAAGAUUGAGAACCAGCACUCGGACACGGGCAGCAACGCCAUCCGCAGAACCGGCAGCGGCCGCUCCACUCUCCAGGCCAUCGGCAGCGCAGCGGCUGCAGGGAUGGUAUUUUACUCCAUCUCUGAUGUGACCGACAAGCUCCUCGGCACCUCCGGAGACCCCAUUCCCACACUCCAGGAGGAGUUCUGGACGCGCAGCACCCUGGUGGAGCCCACAGCUCCCCUGCGGGAGGUUCUGGAGGACCUCAGCCCCGCCGCCAUGGCUGCCUUUGACUUGGCUUGCUCUCAGUGCCAGCUCUGGAAAACCUGUAAGCAGCUCCUGGAGACGGCCGAGCGACGUCUACUCAGCAGCCUCGAGAGCCGGAGUCGACGGCUAGACCAUGCUGUCCUCAAUGCUGAUGGCCUUCGUGGUUUUCCUGCUGUUCUGCAACAAAUCAGUAAGAUUCUCAACUACCCACUUACAUCAGCUGGACAGACUAAGUCGGAGAGUGCCGAGGAGAAGAGCAGUGCUCCUCCUCGGUGCAGCAUUGCCGAACUUCUCCAGAUGAGCUGGCCCAGCCUAACUGAGGACUGUGUCGCCAGCCAUGUCUCCCUUGCCCAGCAGCUGGACCAGGUCCUGCAGGCGCUGAGAGAGGCACUAGAGUCACCAGCAUCCAAGAGUUCUCCGUUAGCCUCCUUGAUGGAGCAGGUGGCCCAGAAGGCUCCAGAAGCAGAGGCCCACCCCGUGCACAUUCAGACUCAGCUCCUCCAGAAGCACCUGGGCAGACAGAGCCCAGCGGGGGGCAAGCAGACCAACUACCUGGGCACCUUCUUCAGCUACUGCAGCACCCUGGCCUCGGUUCUCCUUCGGAGUUUGAGCUCUGAUCCCAAUCCCGCAGAGGUCAAGGUAGGCAAUCCCUUUGUGCUCCUGCAGCAGAGUUCGUCCCAGCUGGUGUCACACCUCCUGCUUGAGAAACAGGUUCCUCCAGACAGGUUAGCGGCCCUUCUGGGCCAAGAGGGUCUGGGCCUGAGCGUGCCACAGGUCAUCAUCAGCUGCUGCUGCGAACCCCUGGCCCUGUGCCCUGCCCAGCAGAGCCAGCAGGCAGGUACCCUUCUCUCCAGCAUGGGCGCACUGGCCCAGCUGCAUGUCUCCCGCUGCCUAGAGGGCCUCGCCCUCUCUGCACUUGGCUCCCCGGAGCCCCCCGAGACCCUCCCCGUGGAGAGGAAGAGUGGCUCCUCCCAAAGGGACUCCUCGCCCGCGGCCCUCACGCCCUCAGCCCUGGCCUUCCUCAAGUCUGGCUCCAAGCUGCUGGCCGCCGUGGCCUGCCUGAGGGCUUCCCGGUGCUUGAAGGUCACCAAGCCCAUCUUGUCCUGGAAGGAACUUCGAGGCCUCCGGGAGGUGCCCCUGAGCACAGAACAGGUCAUUCGGGAGUGUGAGCGCCUGCUGGAGAAGUUUCCCCUGCUGGAGGCCUCCCUCCGGGCGGCCUGGGAGCCUCUCCAAACACCCGCCCAACAGGGGCCGAGUCUGGCGGCGAGUCUGUGUGGCCACACCAGUGUUUCUACGGUCCUCCUGGGCUUGCACGCCCCAGACGCCCUGGAGUUGCUCACUGGGGCCUUCGAGGAAGCCCUGGAGGCCAGAGACUGGCUGCGGGCCCUGCAGCUCAGCGACGUGUACGGACGAGACGCGGACGACCUGAGCAGUGUAAAGGACGCCGUGCUGAGCUGUGCUGCGGCCUGUGACACUGAAGGUUGGCAGUACCUCUUCGCUGUGAAGGAUGCCUCUCUGAGAAGUCAGCUCACCCUGCAGCUGGUGGACCGGUGGCCGCUGGAGUCGUGCCUGGAGAUCCUGGCCUACUGCCUCUCAGACCCAGCUGUGCAGGAUGGACUCAGGUGUGAGCUCCAAAGAAAGCUGGUGGAGCUUCGGGUCUAUCAGAAGAUUCUCGGUUUGCAGGCACCUCCGGUGUGGGGAGACUGGCAGGCCCUGAGGACCUGCUGCGUGGAGGACCCCUCAGCGGUCAUGCAUAUGAUUCUGGAAGCCAAGGAAUAUGGGCUGUGUGAGGAGUGGGGCUGCCUCUACCCGAUUCCAAGAGAGCAUUUGAUCAGCCUCCACCAGAAACAUCUUCUCCACCUCCUGGAAAGAGGAGACCACGAAAAAGCUCUGCAACUCCUGCGAAGAAUUCCUGACUCCAGUAUGUGCCUUGAGGUCACAGAGCAAGCCCUGGACCAGCACCCGAGCUUGACCACUUGUCAUUUCUUGGCCAACUACCUCACCACCCACUUCUAUGGAGAACUGACUGCUGUCCGGCACCAGGAAAUCCAGGCGCUCUACAUGGGAUCCAAGGUUCUGCUGACUCUGCCUGAGCAGCACCGGGCCAGCUAUGCGCACUUGUCCACUAGCCCCCUGCUCAUGCUGGAACAGCUGCUCAUGAACAUGCAGGUGGACUGGGCCACAGUGACUGUGCAGACACUGCACCAGCUGCUGGACGGUCUGGACAUCGGCUUCACCAUGGACCACGUUGACGCUCUGCUUUCCAGAUAUGCAGGGAAAGCACUGGACUUCCCGUACUCUCUGAGGGAGAAGCGAUCAGAUUCUGUGGGUCACCUCCAGGACCUUGUGAGUCAGACUUCAGACCUUGAGACCUUGUCUAGGUCACCUUCCGUGGAGUUUCCUCCCGUCGCUGCACCCGGCGUCGUGCUGGCAUACUCGCCCUGCGUGAGGGAAAAGAUCUUCCCACAGAGCCAGCCACCACUGGAGUUUGUGCCCCCGGCCACGCCCCCCGCCAGGCACCAGUGGGUCCCCGAUGAGACCGAGAGCAUCUGCAUGGUCUGUCGCAUGGAGCACUUCACCAUGUUUAACAGACGUCAUCACUGUCGCCGCUGUGGCCGGCUGGUGUGCAGUUCCUGUUCCACUCAGAAAAUGGUGGUGGAAGGCUGCCGAGAAAACCCUGCUCGUGUGUGCGACCAGUGCCACAGUUACUACAACCAAGAUGUGCCAGAGGAGAGUCCGGGACAGCCCCAAGCACCAGACAGCUCUGAGAGCGAGAGCCCCCCGUACUCAGCUGUGGUGAGGGUCCCCAAAGCAGCAGAGGUGGAAUGGAUUUUGGAUCUGAAUGAGGAGGAAAACGAGCUGGUGCGGAGUGAAUUUUACUAUGAGCAGGCCCCCAGCGCCUCCUUGUGCAUCGCCAUCCUGAACCUGCACCGGGACAGUGUCGCCUGUGGCCACCAGCUGAUUGAGCACUGCUGCAGACUGUCCCAGCGCCUCACCAACCCAGAGGUGGAUGCCGGGCUGCUCACCGACAUCAUGAAGCAGCUGCUGUUCAGCGCCAAGAUGAUGUUUGUCAAGGCCGGCCGCAGCCAGGACCUGGCCCUAUGUGACAGCUACAUCAGCAAGGUCGACGUGCUGAAUAUUUUAGUGGCCGCUGCCUACCGCCACGUGCCAUCUCUGGAUCAGAUCUUACAGCCGGCCGCAGUCACCAGGCUAAGGAACCAGCUGUUGGAGGCUGAGUACUACCAGCUGGCGGUUGAGGUCUCCACCAAGACUGGCCUUGACACCACUGGGGCUUGGCACGCUUGGGGCAUGGCCUGCCUCAAAGCUGGGAACCUUACUGCCGCCCGGGAGAAGUUCAGUCGCUGUCUGAAGGCCCCCUUCGACCUCAAUCAGCUGAGUCAUGGCUCUAGGCUGGUACAGGAUGUGGUUGAGUAUCUGGAGUCCACAGUGAGGCCGCUCCUGUCCUUGCAAGACGAUGACUACCUGGCCACUCUGAAGGAACUGGAAGCCACGCUGCGGACCCAGAGCCUAUCCCUGGAGGUGGUACCUGAGGGGAAGAUCAUGAACAACACCUACUACCAAGAAUGCCUCUUCUACCUGCACACCUACAGCACCCACCUGGCCAUCAUCAGCUUCUAUGUGAGGCACAGCUGCCUGCGGGAGGCGCUCCUGCAUCUCCUCAACAAGGAGAGUCCUCCAGACGUCUUCAUCGAAGGCAUUUUCCAACCGUGUUAUAAAAGUGGGAAGCUUCAUAUUUUGGAAAACUUGCUAGAAUCCAUUGAUCCGAGCUUGGAAAGCUGGGGAAAGUAUUUGAUUGCUGCCUGUCAGCAUUUGCAGAAGAAGAGCUACUACCACAUUCUGUACGAACUGCAGCAGUUUAUGAAGGACCAAGUACGGGCUGCCAUGACCUGCAUCCGGUUCUUCAGUCACAAGGCAAAGACAUACACAGAACUGGGCGAGAAGCUCUCGUGGCUGCUUAAGGCUAAGGACCACCUGAAGAUCUACCUCCAGGAAACCUCCCGCAGCACCCGAAGGAAGAAAGCGACCUUCUUCCGUAAGAAGAUGACCGCAGCUGAUGUCUCAAGGCACAUGAACACGCUGCAGCUGCAGAUGGAAGUGACCAGGUUCCUGCAUCGCUGCGAGAGUGCCGGCACCUCCCAGGUCACCGCCUUGCCUCUGCCAACGCUGUUCGGGAACAAUUGCAUGAAAAUGGACGUGGCUUGUAAGGUCAUGCUAGGAGGGAAGAAUGUUGAAGACGGUUUUGGAAUCGCAUUCCGGGUGCUGCAGGACUUCCAGCUGGAUGCGGCCAACACCUACUGCAGAGCUGCACGGCAGCUGGUGGAGAGGGAGAAGUAUGGCGAGAUCCGGCAGCUGCUCAAGUGCGUGGGCGAGUCAGGGGUGGCAGCGAAGAGUGACGAGGACACCAUCCUGCUUGACUGCCUGGCAGCGUUCCGGAGAAUCCCGCCGCAGGAGCUGGAGGGCCUGAUCCAGGCAAUACACAGCGAUGACAACAAGGUCAAGGCCUACUUGACAUGCUGUAAACUGCGCUCCGCUUACUUGGUGGCCGUGAAGCAGGAGCACUCCCGAGCCACGGCCCUCGUCCAGCAGGUGCAACAAGCGGCCACGAGCAGCGGGGAUGCCGUGGUGCAGGACAUCUGCACCCAGUGGCUGCUGACAAGUCGCCCUCGGGGUGCCCCUGGCUCCAGUUCCAGGAAAUGACUAUGGGACGUCCUGACCCCAGUGCUGUGGAACAGGGAUGACGGAGAGGCUCCCUCCCUCUUGCCUGGGUACUGCCCCAGGCGGCCACGAGCAGGUCUGGACCCACUGCACCAACUUAGGCCAGGCCGGAAGCUUUCACACAAGUGCCAUGAGUCUAUGAGUUUGGAUUCUGUGCAUCUAUCUAGAGAUGGCGGUUUUUUCUACCUCAGAAUAAGUGUGUGUGUGUGUGUGUGUGUGUGUGUGUGUGUGUGUGUGUGCGCGCGCGCGCGCGCACCUCUGCACACUUGUGUUUACGCCCAGGCAUCUCUGAACAAACAAAACCCUGCAAAGAGGCACUUUACUUUAGACCCUUUGGUUCUCACCCACCUCAUCCUGUUUGUGCACGAAGCCCCUCUGUGGAAAUACUCCCAUAACGCCUCACAACUUUCAAGUUUCCUGGGAAGGACUGGAGUGCCACAAGGAUGGCUUUGUUGCUUCCCUCCCCCUGCAACACAACCUU